UAGAAGAACAAUGGACGAAGAUUGGGAUAAAAAUUAUGCCGAAAAUAUUCGGAUGGAUGACAAUUAUCCAUCCGAUAACCAGCCAACACGAUUACAACACAUGCUAUUUGAUUUACAAACGGAACCAGAAAGAUUGGAAGAUGCAGAUGGAAAUUCUGUAAUUGCUCCACCAAUGUAUAGAUGGACUACGGAAGCUAGCACCACUGAACCGCAGGAGCCGAAAGAAAAUAAAGAAGUUCUGAAUCCUCACCACCCACUAUUAGCUAGAUUCCAACAAACUCUUAAGGCACAUCUCACAAAACAAAUCGAAAAACUUAAUGUUGAAAUGUUAGAAUUGGAAACUUCCAUUAAAGAGGAAGAAAAACACAAAGAAGCUUUGGGUGUUAUGGUUUAUGAUAAACAACAAGAUAUAAGUCGCCAACAAAAUAUACUUGAAACAGUUGAAAAGGAUUUACAAGAUUUAGUUGCUAAACGUGAAAAACAUGAAGAAGAUGUUAUGAAUUUAAGGAAAGCACAUCAACUUGAAUAUCAAGAACUUCUUAAAGCUGAAGAGCAAGGUAUGUACAGAAAGAAAUCUAAGACAUGA